AUGGCGAGAGACGUAGCGCAAAGCUCUCCACUACAAGGACAUGACUUUCUCUGCCUCUAUGACGUCUCGUGGACCCUCUAUCGCCUCCAGUGGCCAAGUCUCUCCAACAGACCCUACUCGCUGCUCUCCAGUUCUCGCAAUCGGGCCAACCGCGCAAAACAGCUGAGGGACUUUCUUCACAUCGAUGUGACAGGCGAGGAGGCCGACAAUACCUUCGAUGAGAAAGCUGGCGCGAUACAAGAGUGCAGUUGGGACUUGCUCGAGGCUUCUGACAGGGAAGAGGGUGCAAUUUUGCUCGACAAUGAAGGAGUACGGAUUGCAGAGGAGUCGGGCAGCGGAAUCCUGAUAAAUCUUACCUAUGAUACGGCAACGUACAAGAUGAUCCUAUACGGCCCCACACCAUCUCAGCCUCCAGAUACAACCGCAUUCCACCAGCCGACAGUGAUGCUUCCUCUUCUUCUAACGAAGACUCCUGUUCCUCUGAGCAAAAGACUCUUCACCUUCCUUCUCGAUACCUUUGACAUUCGCAUCUCACCCCUCAAGCUCCCGCAGUCCCUUCUGCAAAGCACAUCCGAAUCCUACAUCAAAAUGCUGUACCGUCACACCAUGUCCGUGUCUAUUGCACGCAGAAGUGUAUUCUUGAAAGAUUCUCUGAAGGACAUCAAAAUAACUAUCUCAUUUAGCGCGCCCAUCUCGCCGCACUUGCGCACCAUCGAUGUAGAAAUCCCUGCUGAUACAGUCUGCAAUCUCAUUGAAGCAUCUAUGUCCAGCAAAAUCUCUUUUAUGCAGGCACUGGCGGUGCAUCUGGAGCACCAUACAGGCAUGCACCUGCCUUUACCUGCCAACGAGGAUAGACAGACCGAAGAAGUUGAGCCACGCAUUUGCAUAACCAAGUUCGUUUGCCAUGCAUUCGCGCUAAGUGGAGAUGGACGAUUCAAGAUUGUUGAGAGGGCCUACAGCGCAGCAGAGGUCGAGAACCUUGGUAGUGUGGUUCGUGAGGCGAACGCAAUGGUACUGUCGUCCUUGCUAGCGGAAGCUGUUAAGGCGCCAGGAUGA